AUGUCUUCCGGCGACACUUGUGAUCAUCCUCGUGUAGGCUUAGGUGUUUUCGUGGUUCGUGAUAACAAAUUUCUCCUCGGAAAACGAAAAGGAGCUCACUGCGCCGGAACUUGGCAACUUCCUGGAGGUAGCCUGGAAUUUGGUGAAUCAUUCGUAGAUUGUGCAGAACGAGAAGUUUUAGAGGAGACAAGUCUUGAGAUAAAGAAUAUAACAUUUCAAGCAGUGACGAAUGAUCCAAUGCCUGAUGAAAAUAAACAUUUCGUAAAUAUUUUUAUGAGGGCUGAAGUAGUAGAUGGAAAUGUAGAACCUGUGGUGAUGGAACCACAUAAAUGCGAAUGCUGGAAAUGGGUAUCAUGGGAUGAAUUCAUUAAAGGUGGUGUUAACGGUGUAUUAGAAAACAAAUUAGUGAAUCAAUAUAGACCAAUGUUUCAACCAAUGGAAACUUUAUUAAAUGAAAACCCCAACUAUGAACCGAUUUAUAAAUUGAUAGACUUCCAAAAUUGA